UUUGAAAGAUAUGGUUGAUUUUGUUUUUAAGUCCUUAAUAUAUUGUAAUUGGAUACUGGACGAUGAACAAGGGCUAAGUAUAGCCAUACCCCUUUAACACAGACAUCGCUGUGAUGUUAGUGUUUAGUACAGUGAAACCUCGUUAAUAAGAACAUUGUUCAUAAAAGAUUGUGCUUAUAACAAAAAAAACUUUAGAUCCCAAUCCUUUUUUCUUUCAUUGUUUUUAUCCCUGAUGAUACAAGUUCCUGUUAUAGCAAGGUAAUUUGCUAAGUCCCGAUGACCUCUCACUAACGAGGUUCGAUUGUAUUGUCUUUGAUUCCUAGUACUCGUGAGUGGUGUGGAGGGCAGAGCGAGGACGUGUUACUUCGGUCCCCCACAGAAACCUGAUCCCGAUAACCCGGAUCUCUGGAUGAAGCAAGUCAUGACAGAGAUACGGGAGCAUUGCCCGGGAAAGAGGGGAUGUAGCUCAGCUGAGGAAGGACCCAAGGAGCCAGCACCCAACAUAGUCGAGUGUUCAACCCCUCAGCCACUAGGAAUGGAAGACGGAACUAUUACAGAUUCACAAAUCUCGGCGUCCAGUAGCCAGACCUAUUUCAAUGCCAGAGAAGCACGCCUCAACGUUGGUGCAUCGUGGGCAGCCAGGAGUACCGACACCAAUCCCUGGAUCGAGGUGGACCUCGGUGAGAGUAGGGUUGUAUCUGGUGUCACCACAGAAGGAUACGCUUACCAAACAAGCGUUUGCUACUGUGUGACGAAGUACAAGGUUGCGUAUCAGAAGCAGCCCUCGUCCGACCGGGUACACGUGACAGAUCUCAACGGAAACGUCACGGUAUUCCCAGGUAACACUCAGGGCGAUACCCCAGUCACUAACCUGUUUAAUGAGAGUGUGCUGGUGACGGCAGUACGCAUUGAGCCGACUGAAUGGCUUACUGUCGUUUCUCUGCGGUUGGAACUGCUUGGAUGUCCAUUUGAUUAAUUCAGCUCUAUCAUCUUAAUGCUUACAGAAUUUUUAAUGCAUGUUUUAUUUAAUUGUUGACAUAACGCCAGGAAAUAGCAAUGAGAUGGCAUUGAUAUCCAUCAAAGAUAUCGCUGUGGGUAUCUGAAUAUGAUUUGAGCGUUUCCAUAUGCUGGCAUUAAAUACGGUAAUGGUAAUUAAUGUCUUACAAAUAAAUUCGUUAUCACUUUCAAACAAACAUCUCAUCUUAAAUGACGCAAUCUAAUAACAGCCUUGCUGUAUUAAAUCUUGGCAAGAACAAAAAAAUCCAAGGAAGAAGUUGAUGCACAGAAUUAUUUUACAGUUUGCUUGUAAAUAUUUCAUAUAGUUCUUUGCACACUUUGUUGCACUUAGCAAUGGCACUUAAAUCUGCUAGGAAAACAAAAUUUCUGCUCGACAAAAAGCAAAUGACAGACCAAAAUCGUUCCAUUCUGUUGUUAGGUACAUACUACUUCACAGCUAAUUAGAAGCUUUGUCUAGUAGGUUUGUAAUCAGGUUUUUAACGCGUUUUGUACUGAACAGUUGUUCCAUUUGCACGUUACAGCUACGAAUACUUACAGUCUAUGUGAAACUAAUUAUUUCAGGCAAUCUAUUAGUAAUGUUGAAGGUUGAUUUGGAACAACAUUUUAUUGACUGCCGAAAUGAUGAUCACUGAUCUUAACAUUUGUGUUACAUGGAUAUGCAUUGAGGCACUCAUAAAAAUUGAAUGAUUUCGUUUGGAUAAAGGUAACGUUGGAUUUUCAAAUGAGGGGUACUAAGCGGUAAGUCUCAAUCAUUUAGUUUGAAUAUUUCAGCCAUUUAUCAGUUUCUUGCGAAUCACCCAUUCCAGGGCAUUAUCAGCGUUCAUUCUUUUGAGCUGGUCUGAAACACAUGUUUAACACCUGCCAAGGACAUACUUGUUCCUUUAGAAAAAAAUGACAGGCUAAAUUACUUUAUAAAGUAAAUUAGUACCUGCAGAUAAAACAUUUAUGAAUUGAAAUAAAAAUGGGAAAUGUCCUUUUUUUAUUAUUGAAAGUGUAAAUUACCGUACAAAGAUUUGUUUAAAAAGAGACGCAUAGUGAAAUAUAGAUUGCUAGAUCGGUUGGUUUGGUUUGGUUUGUUCUGACGUUUACAUGGCAUGUAAUGUCA